CGGACGUAUACGUGUGAAUGUGUGUGUGGACGUGUGUGGGUAUGUGCGCGUGCACAUACACACACAGGCAAACGCACCCUACUCAGGGGAGGUGCACCCUGUGGUGGGCACGGAGACCCCUCCCCACCCCUCUGUGCAGGUGCCGCAAACCCCUGGGAGAGGACGAGAGGGCAGUCAAGGGCCGGUGUCGCGUUGGUGGGAAGCGCACACAUCCUGUGGCCGGACCGCCCACGCCCCAUGCUCGGAUGGGCCCCUGCCUCAGGACAGCCGCCCCGGGGCUCUGUGCUUCCCCGACCCCAGCCUGCCUGGCGUUCACCCCGAGGGCUGCAUGCGCUCCAGCCGGGAGUGCACCCGGCCGCGUGGACCUUACCAGCCCGUGAGGAGGUUCCGGCCCAGCCUCCGGGCAGAGCAAACACUUCGGGACGGUCGGGGCCGCUGGACUGCCUGCUGGGGACUAACUUCCUGCCUCAGAAGAACCACCGUGUUUGGAGAAAGAAUAAGCAGCCGUUCGGAGGCGCUGCCCUCGGCUGCCCGCAGGAAGGAAGCAGGAGCCAGAAGGUGUCUGUGGGCCCCCAGCUCUGUGGCCGGUGUCCCGGGCAGGGUUCCAGGCGGACCGUGGGUCCACAGCGUGUCCCACUUCUGCCUCCAGAGCCCCCGCGGCUCCCAGGCCCCACGAGCACAAUGGCCCCGAGAACUGGUGAACGGGUGCCCGGGUCAGUGCCGCCCACCGCCCGAGAACGCGUGCGCCGACUGGACAGACCGAGAGCUCCAGGCAGGUAGGCAGUCCGGGCCUGGACCCGGAUCCGGGACAGCUGGUGUCCACGCACUUGGAAAGGGGGCUGCGGUUUGUGUUUGUCCCACGUCAGGACUGCUGACACUGACCCCGAGCAGGCCCAGCCGGCUUCAAGUUAUAUGCGGACCAGACACGAAUUAGGACCCGGCUGGAAAUCGACCGCUGGUGGUGGGUGUGACCGUCCCCAUCCUGCAGCACCGUCCACACGGCCUCACCUGUCCCUCGCCAGCCCCAGCCCCACGCACAACGUGGCUCAGGCACCAGACUCCAGAACACGGGAAACCAGACACUGCCGUAGACAGCAAGGCACCUAAGAAGCAACAGGUCGACGGGGGAACCAGCCGGGGCUCCGCCACUGAGGCCGCCGGUCCAGCGAGGACGGGAAAUCACAAUCAGACCCUGCGUCAGCAGGCGUGGCUUCCCCUGCACCGAGCACUCGUCUACACCUGUUGCGGCUCCCUCGCGUGCACACCGGGCCUCGGGCUCCCCUACUCCGACGGGUCCUCCCUCCGGCUCCGGCCACGCUGUGUGGCCCUGUUUGUGUGCGUCUCUCCUGCUCUUAGCUGCCCUCCCCUCCCCUCCUCCAGCGUCUGCCUCCCCGGUCUAUCUGCGGAGGCUCCUUCUGUGUGUGUGCCCGACAUCAGUCACCUGCAAGUCUGCAUCCGGAACAUCGUGGUCCCGGCACCUGGGCGGACAGCUCGUUCCCCGCCCUCCCCUUCCCUUUGUGGUGUCUGAGCUCUGUCCACAUCGAUAUUUGCAGAUUUGCCUGUAGCCCCGCGUAAUACUUCACAGCAUGAAGCCACCUCCCCUUGUUGUUCUGACCCCCCCCUUCUGACGUUUUAUCAUCAUAUUUUUGAGAGACAGAGCGUGAGUGAGGGAAGGGCGGAGGGAGGGGAACAGAGGAUCUCCAGCAGCCUCAGCGCUGUCCGCACAGAGCCCGACGUGGGGCUCAGACGCACGAACUGGGAGAUCAUGACCUGAGCCGAAGUUGGGUGUUCGACCGACUGGGCCCCCCGGGGAGCCCCGUUUUCCAGCCCUCUCAAUGGCCACUUAGGACAGCUUCUCGCUGUGCGGACAUCGCCCUGCACUGUGUGCUCUCGUCCGGGAGACUCCGGGGCACACGCGGAGCCCUGGGAUGGUGGGGCGUCGGGAACACGCAGAUUUCCCUAACUACUGCAUCACAAAUCGCUCUCAGGUGGUCCUGUCUUCAUUUCGGACGGAAAGACCGAGGCCGCAAGCAGUGGGGUGACUCACCCCAGUUUGAGAACCUGACUUGCAGCCCGGGCCCCACCGCCCCCCACCUCCGCUGGGACACGAACUUCAUCUCCCUCCCCCACAUC